AUGAUUACCCCCAGCUUCGAUGUCACGCAAGAUUCUCAAACUUUACAGGUUAAGAUUAAGAUUAAUUCUAUACGUUUCAGUGCGGAACAUUUGGAAAUUAGCAUUAAUGAGAAUAUUUUCAUUUUCCAUUUAUCGCCAUACUAUUUGCGAUUAAGAUUUCAACAAAAUCUUAUUGACGAUGAACGUGCAGUUGCUAAAUUUGUACCUGGCGAAGAGUGUGUAUUAGUGACCGUUCCUAAAGCCACUGAAGGUGAAGUUUUCGAAGAUCUUGAUUUGCAUAGUAAAUUACUUGCGAGGAUUGGAGAAAAUGAUUCGAGUAAGAAAACUGGCCCAUUAAUCCAAGAGAUCGAUGGUACAAAUGAUGAGGUUAAAAGUGUUGGAGUUAUUGGUGAACGCUUUGAUUGGGAAAUUGAACAGAAACAAGACACUGGUGAAACAGGUCUAUUUGGAUUUAAAUACGGAUUUGAUGAUAGGUACGACUCCAUUAUAGGUGUUUCAAUUAGUAACGGUAACGAUAUCAAUGAACUGGAUGAUCCUGAACAUACAGAUAGUAAUGGACGUAUCAAAGAACGUGAAUAUAAGGAAAAUUUGAAAUUUGACCCAGAUUAUUACCUAUCUGAAUAUAUGAUUGAUAAAUACGGUGAAGGAGAGGACUUGGAGAUAAAUGGUAUAAAUAACUUAAUGAAAUAUGUACCGCAGCUUGCUAAGGAUUAUUUGAAAUGGUAUAAGCAUGCUGAAAAUAAGGAUGAAAUUAUGCCCAUUGAAUUUAACGAGACUGAACAAAACCAAAUGCAAAAUAAUAUACCAAGAAAGGAAUACUUAUUUGUAAAUACUGAAAACGUCAAAUUGAGUUAUAUCUCCAUCUUAAACCUGUUGUUCAGUUAUAUUUUUGAAAAUAUCGAAAAUGAAGGUGCUCGGUCAACUGAAAGUGCAUGGACAAUAGGUAAAUUAACGCCUCAAAUAUCCUUUUUAGAUCAACAAUUAAAACAGGAGGUAAAUGGUGAAGCAUUACUAUUAAGUCAGGAUGAGAAGUCGCAAAAGAAGGAACUUUCAUUAAUUAAAAGUGCAAUAAUGGUUGGCGUUAAGAGAUCUUUAAGUUAUCCACUUCACAGAAAUUAUGAGCUUGCCAUGAAAUGUUGGAAGUACGUCUACUACUUACUGAGAGGUGGGAAAAGAUUAAUUAUUAAAGCAUUACUAGAUAUACACGAGAUAUUCAGAUUUCAUGACGUCUACUACGUGUACAACAAAGUACUAUUAGACGAUCUAGUUGCAUGGUUCAUUCAACAAGGUGAUGAAACUGUUAUCAGAUCGCUUGCUAUAGAGCUCAAAAAGGAGACGGAUAACCUUAUGAAAACUGAAAUUGAAUUUGAGUGCAUUGCAGGAUUGGACAUGGAAACUGGCGCCCCUACAACAGAGAACAUGACCCUAGCAGAGAUGGAAUUAAUCGCAGAGACAGAAUAUACGCAUCAACAGCAAGAAUAG